AUGAACUUUCGAAAUGUGCAAACUGAGGAGCCGACAUUUAAAUCAACGCCAGAAAUAUUAAAUAAAAAAGCUGUUGAAUUUUUAUUCACCGUCUGUGUCAGAUUGCGGCUGCCGAAUGAAGUGCGUUUUACAGCGGCACUUAUUUUUAAUAAAUUUAUGCUCCGACAAAUAUUAGAACUACGGAACUUUCUGGAAGAAAAAGACGAUUUGGGUGAAGAGCAAAAAGACAAAGAAUGGGAAACAAUUGAGACGAACGUAAAUCGUCAAGUUCCACUUCGAAUAUUGACGUCGAUUCAAAUCAGCAGCAAAUUUCACAGCUAUCAUGAUAGCUUAUCAGCACGACAAGUAUCAAAUUGUCUUCGAUCUCUUGGUUUUCCAUAUACCGUCGAUGCGGUGAAGAGCAGCGAGAUAAGAAUGUUUAGAAUGAUAUCUUAUAAGCGAAAUUGGAUUCAAGAUUUUCAGUAUGAUAUUUUGUGGCAGCACGUUCUUGUAGUUCUUGACGUCUGUUUCAUGAAUCAUGAUGAGAUUUAUCGCCGUCUUUUGGACACAAUCGAUACUGAAAGUCAAGAUGAAGCCGCUGAAUCUGGACUUCUCCUCGUUCGUUUAAAAUGGGAUUUUGUGAUUCUAGCAUCUGCCGUCAUGCAGACAUCGGUUUUAUGUAUUAGCAACACCAUCAACAGAAUACUCGAAUGUGAUUCCGAUUUGGCUGUUCGUCUUCAUGAAAUUAUUAUAAAAACGGUUAAAGAUCAGCAAAGAACAGAUGCAUCAGAUAGUGAAGAUAACGUGUGA